AUUUAUGAUGGCCUCUUUGUAGCGGGUCACCUCUGAGUCGACUUCCCCUAAACUUUAUGUGACUGCUGGCUGUGAACGAGGCACUGGCACCUAACCAGCCUUUCGCCAUUAAGCCGAAUAGCCGUUAGCUAUUAGCCAACGCCCACGUUGUUCAACCGUUAAGCGUCCAACAAAUAAUUCAUCCAGUCUUAACGUCUAUUAUAUGUUGUUACUGACUGUGGAACGAUUUUUGAGUUUGAGAACGUUAAAAAAAACUAUUUCACAGCUCAGUGUGCAUUUAACAGGAUGUCGGACAGCGAGUCUGUCAAGAAAAUGUUGCGGUCAGUACUUCUGUCCAGCAAGGGCGGUGUGUCUUUAAACAGCCUCCACUCAGAGUACCGCUCACUGUGUGGAGAGAGCAUCCCGCUAAAUAAGCUGGGCUACUCAAACCUUGAGAACUUUCUUAAAAGUAUCCCCUCUGUGGUGCGGAUGGAGUACCGCAUGGGCGAGAUGAUAUGCUUCGCCGGGGUGUCUGAAGAGACGGCCAGCAUUGCAGAGCUGGUGGCCAGACAGAAGAGCUCCAAGAAAUCUGGCCACUCCCAAGUUGUCAACUGCAGGAUGAGAUUCAAACCCUCCAACCCGUACAUGCUCAACAUGAGACCUAGGUCCUCCCUCCGCCAGCCUUCAGCUGCUGGUGCCUCGAACCGGCCAGCAAACCAUUCUUGGUCUUAUGGAGGGUUCAGUGCAUCAGGAGACUACAGGCAGCUGGACCAAAGGUUAGGUGCCAUCACACCUGUUGAACACAGACAACCAGCUCCUCAACCUGCUGUGAAACCAUGUGUCCUGCCUAAAAGAAGAGCGAACAGCUCAGAAAAUGGCCAGAAACCUCAAGAUAAUUCCCUACAACGAGCCUCCUCCCAGUCUGGUCUGUAUGACAAGAAUCUUGUGCAGAGCAGAAUAACUCAACUUCUAGGAAAGUUCUGCUGUGGAGUGUGGUUGUCAAAAAUACCAGAGGUCUACAGUGCUAUGUUCAAUCAGAAGCUCCACCCUCAAGUAAUUGUUGACCUGGAAAAGUGGACACACAUUUGCAUGGUGGAGCAGUCAUCCUGCAACAACCGAGCUGAACAACUACUCUUCCCUCCUCUGCCCCAAAAGCCCCCAAUUGUUCCUAGAACAAACAUCAGCAACUCCUGUCCAACAUCGCCCACUAAUUCAUGUGCCAGCACCACAAGAAGUUCUACAGCUCCAUCAACACCUGAAGAAGCCUUUCCCCCUCUUUUCCCUGUUCCUAAACCUAGGGUUUCCCCCAAAUAUCCCUUGGCUAAGCCCACUUUUGUUUUCCCGCCACAGCCUGUUUCUGCCUCUCCAGUUAGGCAGUUUUCCUCUGUGACGCUGCGCAGCCCUGUCCGUAACCUAGCUCUUUCUCCCCAACUGCCCUCACCUUUAACUCCUCCUGUGAGAGGAUGCAAAGAUAAUCCUAAUUUGACUUCAACUACCCCGAAAGUUUCUCAGCCUGUUGCCCAACCACAGUCUUCCCCUUCAACAGCCAAUGCUUCUGUGCUUGUGUCCUCCCACCGUCAACCAGACCUUGAUAUUUUACCCCUUUUGAAAGUUACCUUUUCCCCUUCUUCUGGUUCUUCCCCAGUCUCAAAAUCUUCUGCUGACACCUUGUCAGCUGAGGUGCGCCAGAGAAUAAAGGAGCUGCUGUCCAAGUACAGCCAAGGAUUGUGGGCACAUGCUUUGCCUAAACUGUUCAUGGAGACAUACAAGGUGCCAUUUCCUGAAUACAUUCUGGAAAACUUAUCUCUUCUGUUGGAUAUGUGCUCUGUGGAGUACUCCGUGACCCAUGGCAAGAAGAAGGCCAUCCUGUAUAACAGAACAGACAUGGAAGCCACAGAUAGCCAAGAAAGCAAGCUGUGCAGAAGUCAUCCCCUACCCUCUGGUCUCGAGGUCCUGAGCCCUACGAUUCCUCCCCGUCUGGUUUCUCCCUCAGAGCAGUAUCCCUCGGUGCUAGUUACUGAUGCAAAGAGCAGCAAUUCUGUUACUAUAAGGUAUGUGGGUGAAAACUACUCCAAUGCUCAGGAGGCCAUGGAGGAUGUAAUGCGAUUGUUCUACAGCCAAGGCUCCACCAACCAUCCUGUAUCUAACCCAGUCAUUGGUCAGCUGGUAGCAGUCAGAGGAGAGGAUGGAGAUGAGCUGGCUAGAGCCCAAGUCAUGGAACUUAUGGCCCUCAACAAAGUUAAGGUGUACCAUGUGGACUAUGGAUUUUCUGUGGAGACAAGUUGGACUAAUCUGAUGGAGCUGCACCAGGAUUUCCUCUCUCUGCCCUUCCAGGCUACUAAUGUUAGACUUGCAGGUUUAGAGACUUUCAGCUCACAUCCCAUGAUCCUGUCCUAUCUGGACAAGUUGGCAGUUGGAAAGAUCCUGCUGAUUGAGACCUUGGAGCCAUGUCAACAGAUGGAGAUGCCGGUGGUAGUGUUGUACGACACCUCACAGGAUGAUGACAUCAAUAUUAACUCUGCCUGCCUCAAGUCUCUGCAGGAUAAAACCAUGGACAACCCUCUGACUGUAAAUGUUACCUACCAGGACGUGUGUGUCACAAAUGUGUGUGCAGAUGGCAGUAUCUGCUGCCAGCUGCCCUGCAGAGGGACAGCAAGACUCAGCAAGUUACUGAAGGAAACAGAGGCCUUCUUCAUCUCACAGAUGACAUCUGAGUCCCUGGUGUCCAGACCUUUCAGUGGCAAGUUCUGUUUAGCCCGUUACAAAGAAAAGUGGUCCAGAGCUGAGAUAACCAACAUGUACAACAACAGAAUAUUGGAGAUCCUCUUCAUUGACUUGGGUAUCCUUGCAACAGUGGAAGUGACUGAUCUCCGAGAGAUCCCCCCUCCUUUACUCAAAGACUUUGCCAUCAUCCCACCACAGGCUAUCAAAUGUCGCCUGGCUGACCUCAAAGCUCCAGAGGGAGAUUGGAGCCCAGAGGCUCUUCUGUGGUUGAAGGAGGCUGUGCUUGGCUCUGAAGACUGCAGAAUGAAGAUCUUGAAACUAGAAGAUCGCAAAGGGGACAAGCUGGUCUACAUGUACCUCUUUGUCGGUGCUGAUGGCCAAGACCUGGACCACAGCAUCAACCAUCAGCUGGCUCAUUCAGAGUUGUGGCUGAAAGUUAAAGCACAGAACACCACCACAGUCAACAACAGUAACGGUAAUAUGGAUACAGGUCUCAGUUCCCUAGUGGAGAAGUUGACUCUGUGCAGCUCUGUACCGGACCGUGGUGUUAAGGCUUCGAUGCAGCCUUGCCACAAAGUAAGAGAAACUUCUCUCACAGAUACGACUGCAAAAAAUGGGAAGCAGCCACUUCCAUUACCUCCCCUACUGGAGCUCCCUCAGCCUGGUCAGAAUAUGGAUGUGUUUGUGCCAGUGGCCUGUCACCCCAGUCACUUUGUGCUGCAGCCAUGGCAGGACCUGCAUAGGCUGACAGUGUUGUUGGGGGAGAUGAUCCUCUAUUAUAACCAAAUGUCGAGGACUGACGCGACCAUGAACGUUCAAAGAGGAGACAUCUGUGCUGCCAAAAUAGACAAGAACUGGCAGCGGGCUCAGGUGAAGGGGAUUCUGGCCAAUGGGUUUGUGUCUGUGUACGACCUCGACCACGGCAAACAUGAUCUGGUCCGUAGUAACCUCCUCAAGCCCCUGAUAGAAGAGUUCAGACAGCUGCCCUUCCAGGCCAUUCCUGCUAAACUGGCAGGUGUGUCACAGAACCAGUGGUCAGAAGAAGCCUCCAUGUUAUUCAGAAAUCAUGUUGAAAGGCGACCUCUAGUAGCCCAGAUGGAGAGUGUGCAGGAGGUGUCGGAAGUUAAAGGUGAGCCGUGGGAGCGUCGACUGACGGUUUAUCUUGUGGACACAACACUGGAGGACAAGGACCUUUGGAUCCACACCAUCAUGGCCGACAUCGACAGCAAGCUGUAUUCAGCUGCCUAGAAUUUCUUUUUAAAAUGGAUGAGCAAGCAGACUCUGGACCAUAAAAGUAAACCUUUAUUUUUUGAACACUUGGGUGGUUCUCUUAUAAAUUCUGGUAAAUGACACAAAUAUUCAUUUAGACUUUAGGUUCCCUUAGGUAAAGUCAUCUGUGUGUUGCAUGUGUUUUGACUUUAUUGCCCAAUUUCAUUUUUUGUUUGCUGUUCUUAAUGCGUGCAGUGGUAUGGCUCAUUUUGCACUAAAUUUUUCAACACAUUUUUGUUUUAUUAAUCGAACAUAAAUGGCUUAAUGUCAUUCCUCUAUGUAAAUAGAAAAAAAGAAAAAGCUGAAGUUAUUCUAAUGUUUCAUUAAAAAAAAGCUG